GCAGCUGACCGCUACACGAACGUCAACACCUCCACCCAGCCGCUCCACGUGCUGCACCACGGCUCUAGUCUCUCUUCUACACUAAUAUACAGCUUCUGUGACCUGUAAGACCUCCCUCAUAUUCAGGUUCUGUGGCCUGGAAGAGCUCCCUCAUAUUCACCUGUGACCUGGAAGACCCCUAAUAUUCAGGUUCUGUGAUCUGGAAAAUCUCCUGGGUGUACUGAUCUGGAAGACCUCCCUGAUACAGUUGUGACCUGGAAGAUCUCCCUGAUACACAGUUGUGACCUGGAAGACCUUCCUGAUGCACAGUUGUGACCUGGAAGACCUCCCUGAUACAGCUAUGACCUGGAAGAUCUUCCUGAUACACAGCUGUGACCUGGGAGACCUCUGAUACAGAGCUGUGACCUGGAAGACCUCCCUGAUACACAGUUGUGACCUUGAAGACCUUUGAUACAGCUGUGACCUGGGAAGACCUCUCUGAUACAGCUGUGACCUGGAAGACCUCCCUGAUAUUCAGGUUCUGUGACUUGGAAGACCUCUCUGAUUCACAGAGAUAAACUUCGUACAAUGUAUAACGGUGAUGAUAUGCCUCCCUUAGAGGAAGAUGUUUGUGAAGUGUGCCCUACACCUGCAGCUCCACAAGGAAGAAGUGGCCCUAAUGUUAAUUCUUCCUGUCCAAGAGUAAGUAGGAGCCCUAAUGUUAAUUCUGCCUGUCCAAGAGCAAGGAGGGACCUGGACAAGCUGGGUCUGGAAGACGUAGUAUGUGAGGAUGAUGACUCUGAGUGUGAUGAUGAGGAAACCUGGGAAGAAAUGGAAGAAGUAAUUUGUGGAAAAACAAUAUGCUUGUUUUGCAAUAAUGUUUCAUCCACAGUGCACAUCACCUUCGCUCACAUGAUUGAUGCACAUGGAUUUGACUUUGUGGCUUUUGUGUGCAAAUUUAGUCUGGACCAAGUUGGUUUCAUCAAGCUUGUUAACUAUAUUCGACGUGAGCAACCAGCACCUAACAUAUUAUUUACAGAAGAGACCAUUAAAUGGGACAGUACUGACUACAUGAAACCAGUAAUAAAUGAGGACUCCUUACUGAUGUUUGAUGUGGAGGAGUUGACCAAGGUAAAUGAGCUGUUAGACCCUGGCCCUCAAACUUCGUACAGUGAAGCCACUUAUGAUGAAUUGAGAGAAAUAAUUGUGAAACAGCGUGAAGUUAUGCAGAGGAUGCUGCAGGCUGUCCAAGCUAACAGUAAGAAGGAUAAUGCGAUAAUAAGAACAGUGGGAGACAUGAGACCGGAAGAGGAUGAGGGAUACUUUGACUCGUAUGCUCACUUCGAUAUCCACCAUGAAAUGCUUACAGAUCGUGUUAGAACGGAAUCCUAUAGGGAUGCAAUCCUGAAGAAUUCAAAUCUCUUUAAGGGCAAGAAGGUUUUAGACGUUGGUUGUGGAACGGCCAUCUUAUCCAUGUUCAGUGCCAAGGCUGGGGCCACUGUCACCGGAGUGGAUAUGUCUGACGUUAUCUACCAAGCCAUGGAUAUUGUUAAGGAAAAUCAACUGGAGAAUGCAAUCACACUACGCAAGGGUAGACUUGAGGAUCUGGAAUUUGAACACAAGUUUGACUUCAUCAUAUCUGAGUGGAUGGGUUACUUUCUUUUGUUUGAGGGCAUGCUGGACUCCGUGCUGUAUGCCAGAGACAAGCACCUCGCAGAAGGUGGUUUACUUCUUCCUAACAGGUGCACCUUGCACCUCGUUGGACUGGAAGAUAUGGAUACAUAUAAAAAUAUCAUAUCUUUCUGGGACGAUGUUUACGGCUUUAAGAUGUCGUGUAUACGAACAGAAGUGGUUAAGGAAGCAUCUACAGACAUUGUUAAGGAACAGUUUAUAAUAACGUCCACAGAUCAAAUUGCUGACUUUGAUCUCAUGAAAAUUACUCCCAGUGACACUGAGUUUACAUCCAAGUUUUCCCUCUCUGUGGCAAGGGAUGGUCAACUCACAGGAUUUGCUGGCUAUUUUGACACUUUCUUUGACAUGCCAAACUCAGUAUUUUUCUCAACUGGACCACAUGCCCCGCCUACCCACUGGAAGCAGACUAAAUUUUAUUUGCCUGUUCCACAUACUGUAAAAAAAGGCGAGACCCUUGAGGGAUCCAUAUGCGUGCGGAGGAAGAGAAGACAGAUCAUAUUUUUUCUGGGGGGAGACCCAUGGGAACAGAGGACUCAUGCAAGAGAAGGCAAGGGACUUGCCUAUGUAGCCUUUGAGUCUGCCAUCCCGCACCUCUGGUUAUUUCUUAAAGAAGAUAAACAGCAAAGACGAAACCCUGUACCCACAACUUUGGGAGAUGUACCCACAACUUUGGAAGACCUUUGGGAGAUGUUUAGGAAUAGAGACGACCCCGAGGAAAUGCUGCAGCAUGCCCAGGAGAAACUACGAGGGAGGACUAGAACACAGCUGCUCCAGCCCCCAGCUCCUCGAGUGGAGGAUAAGAGGUGGAUCCUCCUGAACUUAAUUUUGUCCUGCCCCUCGCGGUGA